UCAUCGAAAAAAAUCAUCAUCAUCAUCAUCAUAUUAUCAUCGACAUCAUUCAAAAUGUUUUAAUUGUAAUGGUAGUAUUUCAAGUUUUAUGAUUGAUCAUAACACUACUACUAAUCAACGUUCAUCCAAAUUGAUCAAUAUUCGUCGUCAUAAGGUACUAAAAAUGCUCAUAAUCAUUAUCAUGGUGUUUACCGUUUGUUGGCUACCAAUACAAUUGUUCAAUAUAUUAAUAUAUUUUAAAACAAAUUUUCUUCACGUUGAUUCAGAAUUCAAAUACUAUGCAUUUGUUGGUAGCUACUUUUUUUGCCAUUGGAUAUCGAUGGCACAUAGUUUUAUGAAUCCAAUUAUUUAUUCAUUUAUGAGUAAAAAUUUUAGGUCAGAUAUGAAAAUGAUAUUCUCAAAUGUGUGCCAUAAUAAUAGUAAUAAUAAUUCCAUGAAUAAAUAAAAAGAAUAAGCAAAAUGAAAUUAAUCAAUCAACACCAGCACCAGCAUCAGCAAAACAUGGAUUCAUCAAGUAUAUGCAAAAAGGUUCGUAUUGAAUGAAUUGAUUGGUUGACCAAUAAUUAAUCUUGACAAAUUUUACUGUUGACAUUGAAUCAUUGUUGUUGUUGUUGUUGUUUUGUAUAUUUAAAUUGAAAAAUUUUGAAUGUCAAAAACAUGUGUGUGUGUGUGUGUGUGCGUGUUAAUUUAAUUUAAAUUUUUUUUUCUCUUCUCUUGGUCUUGGAAUUUAAAUAUGAUAUUUGUGUGUGUGUGUGUUUUAUACGGAAUUUUUUUCAAUUGAAUGAUUUUUUUUGUCGCUCCAUUAUUAUUGUCGUUUAAUGGGAAUUUUUUUUUGUUCGUUUUUCAAUAUAUUUGAUUAACAGGGUGUGGUGUGGCUUGUUGAUGAUGGAUUCAAGAAUUUGUUUGGUUUUAGUUGAUUUCUUGUUUUUUGUUUUUGAAUUGGAAAAUUAAUUUAUAAAUUUCAUGACAGACAAAAAAAAGGGUGUUUGUUUUAGUAUUGGUGAGAAAAAAAACGUUCGUUUGUCGAUAUAUCACACACGGUGUUUAUGUGAAUGUGAGGAAUUUUGAUGACAAAAAAAUUUAGA